CGGUGUUGAGCCAUUGGACGAGUUCAUACGCGAGAUUGCCGACUUUAUCCACCACACAAUCAUGACGAGGCGAGAACUCGAGGGCCAGGUGGAGGUGGAGGCGAAGAUUGGAGUGCUGAAGGACAAAACGAGCGGGCAGAGAAUACAGUUGCCGGUGCUAGUCGAGACGAUAUUGAUGCCGAAUACAGUCGACUCUCGAUUUGAGUCCAAUAUGUCACCAAUGCAGCACAAACACUUCAACACCCUACUCAACGGUCUCAAACUCAACCCUCCACCAUCCGCGACCUCACCAAUAACCUACGCCCACCUUCGUCUCGUCGACACCUUCUACCAGUCCCCCGACUCACGCGACAAGAUACGUGUCACACGCGACGAGAAGACGGGGAAAGUUGAGCAAUGCGUGCGCAAGAUCCGCCUCGGAGACCUGGACAUCUACAGUCCCAAGAGAGCAGUAGACUGGCGGAUCAGCGUGAAUGUCGAAGUACCCGUUCCUCCACCAGUUGGAAUGGCGUCUCAUACACGACGCAAAGACCGGAUGAGCUACUCACACGAAGAGUUUGCCAUCGACCUCACGCAGGUCACAUCGUCCACCGGGCCCGGGGGCAAGGCGGAUGUCUUCCACGAACUCGAGGUAGAGGUUUCGCGCCCAGAGUACCUCCUCUCUGCGGCCACGAAGCGGGGUGACCCGGGCGUCUCGGACUUGGAAAAGGGAGCGUUCGACGAGCUCAUCCGGGCGCUCGUGAACAAUACACGGAUAUUGGCGCGGAAUGCGGGGGACUGGGGAAGGUGAUCUUGUCCCGCACAGUCGGGGCGGGCUUGAGACGCUACGGAGGGAGGGGCGGUGUGGUUUUGUGUGCUCGGUGUGUCCUAUGUGCGGGAUGGCUAUUUGUCUGUAUCAGGGUCCAAUGUACUAAUGUUGGGUUCGCAGGCUCUGUUUUGCUGUCAUUGUGCUAUUCCAGUCUCUGCUGCGGCGCAGGUGUUAUAUUCGACUAUCGCCUAUCACUAUAUUAGCUUCGUUCUAUCACACGCGCCCAUAUGCGCCCAUUCAAUUCGUAAA